UAAAUGCAAACUAGUUUUUAGAAUUUACUACACAAAUGAAGUUCUCAACCUACACAUUUCAUUUUAUUGUAAUCAAUACAUUUAAUUAAUAAAUAAAAAUGGUAAAUAUUUUUUUUAAAUUACUAUUGUUACCAUUAUACAUGUAUGAUAUGUGUAUAAUAAUUUUUUUAAAGAAAAUUCUAUUCUUUCAAUUAUACUUUUAGGAUGGAAAGGAGCUGUGCCUUAACGAACAUGAAAACUUAUCUUCAGAUCAAGAAACCAACGAAACUAUUAAUGAAUAUUAUGUGAAUAAAGGAUUUAACGAUUCUAAUGGCUCAAAGGAAGAUCUUUUCAAUCAGGUAAGUUAAGAUAUUCGUAUUCCUUUUCUCAACUUGGGAUAAGUAACUCCUAGUAACAAUAGUACAUUAUAGUGUUUUAAUAUUAUUUUUCAUUUCAACAAAAUAACGUAGAUAAUAUCUAUUGUGUCCAAAAUAUUAUUUUAUUUAAAGUAUGUAAAUAUUAAAUACAAUUAAGUUAAUUUCUGGGGAGUGAAUUAUAUAAUUUUAAAAAUCAAUUAUAAUGUACUUCUUUAAUUCAAAGGUUAAAUUACAGGUAUCUAAUGUAAAAAAAUAUUUGAAAUUUAAAAUAUAAGUAUAUGAAUGUAUUGUUGGUUUACUUUGACCGUAAAAAAUGUUUUAAAAUAAGUAAUUAUUGUCUAUGUCUUUAUGACAUUGAAUGAUAGUAUUAUCUAUUAUAGUAUUACUGUUUUAAGUUCAAGAGUUUUAGAUUAAUAUUUAUACUGCAAGGUCCAACUAAUCACUAUAUAUCUAUUAAACAUAUAGUCAUAUAUGAUAUAGGUACUUAUUAAUGUGUUCAUUAUGUAUGUGUUUAUUUGAAAAAAAUAUAUUCGUAAUACCGUUAUCCAUACUAGGUAUUACAAUUUAUAAUCAUAAUAUAAUUUAAUAUGUACCUACCCAAGUAUUGUAAUAACAAAAAUAAUUUAUUGCAUUGCAUGAGUACCUAAUACUUGAGUGUGGUAUUAUACAUUAUUGUUUCCAUAUUAUGUUUUUUUGUUUAAAAAUUAAGUAUCAAUAGCUAAAAAAAGUUUAAUAUUAUCAUUACAAUUUUACAGGUUGGGACAGAAACAAUUCAUUCCCUGACGAAAAUGGCAAAUUCAGAAAUACCUACAACUACCAUGCAAGAUGGUUAUGUUAAUGACGCAUAUGAAGAUGGUUUUCAGAAAUCAAAUAAGGUGAAUGAUAAACUUGUAUAAAAAUUGAACGUAUUGAAAACAGUUUUAAAUUUAUUGUAAAUUAUAUUUGUAUAUAUAUAUAUUUCUUUUAAGGAAAAUACAAAUGACAAAUUAAUUGGUUUUGAAAACGUUUAUUGAACUAGUUAUUGAUUUACCAAUAAUUAUUCAAAAUUUGGGAACAAAAAUAUUUUUUCUCUUAAAAAAAUUUCAUUAAAUUAAAUUAAUAAUUCUGUCUUUUCAACUAAAAUAUCUGAAUUUAAACUUUCACGUAUUUACUCUGUCUCAGUUUUGCCCUUUUUUAAAUUCAUUAAAAUCAGAGUAUUGAGAUAUGUUUAAUUUAAACAUAAUAAUUUAUUCUUCUAAAAUGUAAACUUCUACGUAUAAUUAUAUCAAAUAUCCUCCUUUAACUAUAAAACACUGUUUUUGUUUUUAUGUUUUAUAUGUAUUAUUUAAUCAAACAGGGGGCGGUGCCAUUGGCACAAAACACCACUAUCAUUACUUCUGCAACAUUAGAAAAUCAAAUUAUGCAAUUGGAUGAAGAUAAUAAUGGAGUGGUGGCCAUUAAUUUGGAACCGAAAGAGAAAAAGUGGAAAGUACAAUCUGUAGGAUGGGAUUCCAAUAGAAGUAUGAUUUUGUUGGGUAUAGUAUUAGCUUUUGACACAUGGGCUGCAAUAUUUUAUUGCUUUAAAACAAAUGUAAUCACUAAUAGUAUUUUAAAUUAAAUUUUUAUUGUUAAUAAUUGUCAAGUCAAAUUAAUUUCAUAUUAGUUUAAAUUAUAAUAUUAUACAUCAUAUAUGAAUUAUAAUCAAAUUCAAAAAUAAUAAACACAGAUUAAAUUUCUUUUCAUUAACCGUGUGUAAAUGUAUUUUAUUUCAUAGUUAUAUUCUUUUGACGUACAAUAACCUCGAUUAUUAUUAAGUAUAAUAAUUAAUAAAUAACAGCUUAAUCAAUUAGUAUUGUAA